AUGUCGUCCAGACCUGGCGGUCAAAAACUCGUUAUCCGCUUCCCAGUUGCAAGCAAAGUAGAAGCUUCUCCCUCUCCUGCGCCGUCCGCAGAGGCUUCUGCAUUGUCAGAACCCGAGGCUGAACCGAUUGAUGUAGAUGGGAAUGACGGCGACGGUGACAAUGCCUCCGUCGACAUUGAUGAAGAUCAAGAACCUGCUACAUAUGUGCCAACAAAACGCGGUCGUGGCCGACCGCGAGGAAGCCUAACACGAGGAGGCAUGGGUAGAGCUGGAUCUGGUACGCCGAUACCUAGAGCUCGUGGACGGGGCAGAGGAAGAGGUCGCGGUAGGGGGAGAGGUCGAGGAGCAAGCUCUAUUACCAUUAAAUUGCCGAAAAAAGACGACGGUGAAGAAGACGAUGAUAAUGAAGGCGAUGGCGCUGGUGAUGAGACAGAUGAGAUGAAUAUAGACGCGGAGGAAGAUAAUUCAAAGAAAGCGCCAGUUGGAGGGGGUAAACCGUUCAGAAAAAUACAGGGGCAAGUGUACAUCAUUGAAGGAGACGAGUUUGUCACGGACGAUGAUCCUAAGGGAGACGAAAAGAUUGAUAAAUUUGGAAACCUCCUUGGCGGAAGGCGAUUCAAAGCAGCUACCUUUUUACUACCGAAUCGUCACCCAGAACGGCAAUAUAUGCUUGCCAUCGAUGCUGCUCGAACCUCAGGCUUCCGUGACUCUUUGUACUACUUCCGACGUAACCCGCUCACGUUCAAACUCAACGCCACCCAACCCGAAAAAGAAUACCUCAUCUCCGAAGGAAAACUGGGGCCGCACCUCAAAACGCGAUCAGUCACUUUGGUUACCGCACGCAGUGCGUUCAAGUUGCACGGAAGCAAGAUGCUCUUAGAUGGACGAUGGGUCACCGAUGAUUAUUACGAAGACAAGGCACUCGCUGCUAUAGCUGAACUUGGUGUCAAGCCGGGCGACUUGGUGGGCGACUUGGUGGACCCCAACGCGGAAGCUGAAAGUCGAGCAGAGAAGGCUUCCAGGACUCUUGGCAACGACCGAGAUUAUGGUGCCUCUGGUGGAGGUGGAGGAUCAAUGUACCGACCUGGAGGUCCGACAACAAUCUUCGCCGGACACGGAUUUGGUCCGUUCUAUGAGCCUUUAAAUCCUGUCAGGAAAGCGCUACUAAAUCGAGAUGGGGUCUCUGAAGAGAAUUGGAUGUGGAUGAUGGCGAGUAGAGUUAGGGAGGCUGAUGAUCGGUGGAGAAAGUGUCGCAGUGGUGCAAUUAGCGGUGCAGGAGUGAAACCUGGCGCAGGAAUCGGACCCGAGGCAAAUGCGAAUGUAGCAAACAGUACCUGGGAUGUAUCCCCGAAUGAAACAGCUGUUUCCGUCAAGAAGAAGCGGAAGGUAACGUUUGAUCCAGAAACUGGUGGGGAAAUGUUACCUCUUGGUGUUUAUGAGCCUCAUACUGGAGCCGUUUUCUUCCGGAGCGACACACAGCCGACCCAAUCUCGCCUCGAGCAAGUUACUGUCAAUCCCUUGCCGGAUAACAAACAGCCAGAUCGCGGCAUAUUAGGAGGUACCAAAACCGGUGCCAAUGCCUGGGGGCUGGCAUAUGUGGAUACCUAUAUGGAUUUAUCUUCGAAGGAGGAGCGAGAAAGGGUUUUGGCACGGAAAAGGGAGAGAAUCUUGAAGGCGGUUGGUCUCCAGCAUUUGGCAACGGUUGACAACGAUAUCAUCAGAAGCUCAGCAACAAGUCGCGGGGUGAAUAUGACUGAGGAGGAUAUUCAACUGAUGGAUGUAACGUAG